CAACGGUAGGGCAAUUAUUUCCUGCAGGCCGGGCUGGCCCGAAAAUCAGGCAUGAAUUCAACUCGGGCGUUUUCAAAGCGAAGCGUGUGUAUAGGAAACAAUAUGGACGCUCAAAAUUGAAAAAUAUUCGGAUUUAUUUGGUUGAAAGUGAGACAUUGUUGCAGAAUCUCAAGCCAAUAAUCUUUCAAUAUUUUGCCAAGAUACUAUCCUUGCUUAGAAAGUAGAGAUUGCUGGGACAUUUGAUUGAAUAUCGCAAAUGAGUUCCACAGCAUCGAAGGUAAGGAGCGGGAAACUGCUCGAACAUGAAAUCUGAGUGGAUUUUUAGAUUUUAUAUUUGUAUACAAUUUUUACUAGUGAAGGAAAAAUUUAAAAGAUUAUAUAUGUAGUUGAUUCAGUCUUCUGUAAUACUCUAACCUAAGCUAAGUGCUGAAAGAUUUAGGGGUCACGUCCAUAUUCAUGUUGCCACGCAUAACGUCGAAUCGACGUUAACACUCAAACCCACCCACCUACCCUAAAUAACGUCGAGCGUGGCAGUCACAUUGUUCAAAAUCUUCACAAAAUUGUAAUUUUGCCACGAGAUUAUCGAGAUAACGUCGAGAGAAUUGAGAUAAACCCACCCACCCACCUACUCAUAACGUCGAUUCGACGUUAUGCGUGGCAAUAUGAAUAUGGACGUGACCCCUUAUACUAUAAGAUAAUAAUUAAACUAUAUCAUUUUAAUAAAUAUUAGGUAGCAGAUAUAUUCACAGCAGCAGGCGCUGCUUUUAAUCGUCUUGGGGAACUAACAGUUCAACUUCAUCCUCUUACAAGCGAUGGUUCAACACAAACAAGGUGAGUCAAGAAAUAAUCUCGAGCAAUUAGUGCCCUGAGUGUAGGUAACAAUGAUAACAAGAUGGCUGCAGCUUUCGGGUCGGUAGGUUGGAAAUAAAUUUUUUUUUUUGAAUAUGUUUUCAUGGUUUUGGCGGUUUUUUGCUGGGCGAUUUUUAGUAGAGUCCCAACAUCAAUAUUAACUAGAGAUGCGUAUUUCCUAUGGACGAAUUUAGGCAAUUUGGUUAAAUUAUUAGUGUGACAACAGAUGCCAUUUUGGCACGCUGUAUGAGCAGCCUGCAACCACCCAGAGAAAAUAGGGACGCACGGUCAAUCACAUUGAAAAAAUAAUAGGGUCGGCAGAAAAAAAUAGGGUCCGUCGGGAACUGGAACCAAGUAUUUUUUUUCUCUGAGAGAGAUGCAACUUCCUGAAAAAUACAAGCUCAACGUUUCAUUCGUCGGGAAGGGCCUUCAGGUAGUUGUAUCUCGCAAUCUGCAGCUGAAUAAAGACAUUCAUUUCGUGGCUAGAAUAGGGAGGUAAAAAAUUAUCUGGACAUACCAAUUUUCACUAACCCCCAAACUAAUGUAUCGUCAUUUGUUAAAAUGUUCGGUAAGAUUUUUGUAAAUUUAUCAAAAUUUUUGCUAUAACUAUUACUUUUUAGUCAGAGCCACUCAAAUAUUGUCACUGACUACGAAAACAAUUUGCCGCCGAUAAAUUGUCAUUUUGCCGAGAAGAUGUUUUCAGGAGGGAUGUCACACCUCACACUCUAUAGCGACAGCCCUGAUCUGAAUAGGCUUGUAACUUUUCCGAACAGUGCAAUUUUCUAAAAGUUGGGGGUUGCCCCAAUACCCCCUUGCUAGACCCUAGAUACAUCAUCACCCGUACCCUAAUCCAGACUGGAUUCCUAUCUCUAGUUUGUCUGCAUAGUUUCUCUUGUGUUUAAUCUAAAGAUGACAUGAUGGUUCAUCUCUAGAAUACCUCAGAUUUUGUUUCCUUGUGAUUUAGUGGCAAGUGGGGUGAAACAGAGAUAGAAAUGUUGCGAGAUGCCGUCAAGAGAUUUGGAGAAGACCUGAAAAAAAUCAGUGAGAUUAUCACAACUAAAUCCAUGUAUGGCUAGUAGAUCAAUACAUUGCUUAUUCAAUUAAAUGACACUACCUAAAAACCAUAUCUGAAAAUACACAAAACACAAUCUUGUGAGAAGCCUUUGAAUAAGCCCUAGCCUAACAAUGACCAGAGAGCUCAGAGUUCUUACAUUUUUUUACAAGAAAGUUGGUGUAAACUGCCCUAAUCCCAGAGAGAUGCUUUUUCUGCUGCAAGUGAUUUUAAUAUGUAGGCAUAUGCUACCUAUUCAAGGUGUUUGAACAGUACAUAGCUUUGCUCUGGGUAACCUAUUUGACUGGGGAUAUACAACAAAAGAAACUACAUCGAAUACAAUAAUUAAUUAUAAUGCAUCUUCCUUAUUCGUUAGAACUCAAAUAAAAAGUGCUUUGAAACAACGUGUCUAUGAACAAAACUACGCGGAACCAUCACCCAAAAAAACUCCACAGAAAAGAACUGCCAAGGAAACCGAGGAUGCUGCGAAUGGACAGACUGACGGAGUGGCAGCUAAGAAAAUUAAACAAGGUAUGAAGUCAACAACAUUGGUGACUUUCCUGACGAAGUAACCAUGGCUGGAGACUCGAAACGUCGAGUCUUUUUCAUGCCAGAUCACACAUAAACCACUUAUGUAAGUUUGAACAAUAUCUCAAUGACAAUGUUUUUAGAGCCAGAAGAUGUCGCUUCAUCUUCAGAACAGAAAGAGAGAAAUAAAUUAACUUCACCGUCCAAAGAAACUGAUAAUGAAGUUGAUGUUGAAAGUAUCGAAGACACUGCGGCACAAAAUGCACAAAGUAUGUUGACACUGGAUCACUUCCAAACUAUUCUCCCCGAAGGACCAGUAAGGGUUGUCCUCUUAUUGCUCCAGUCUUAUUACAGGAGGAAACAGGAGUGAAAAACACAUGUACUAACAAUGUGAUGUUUCGGUUUUUAGAUGCUUCUGAAGCGGACAAAACAAGCAGUGAAGUGACGUCAUCAGAUAUAGCCUCGCCAUGAAACGGCUACGUGAUAGGACUGGAACUAUUGAGUACGACGUGGGCAAAACUCAAAAACAGUUCGUUCCACUUUGUAUAUAAGAUACGGAGCUCAUAUUGUAUACAUAUUACACAUCAAACAUUUAAAGCAAUUCUAAUGAACGGAACUAGACGAUAAGACAUCUUAUUAAGAGAUGUGUUUUUAAAGUGUAGAAACAAAUAAAAUUGUAAAUCUUAUUGUUGGGUCCUCUUA